AAAGUGCAACUCUGACUGUGCGCUUAUCCUUCGGACAGGAUUUCCAUCGUAUUCACCAUUGUCGUCGCGCCGUCGUCGGGCAUUGUCGAACACACGGUCGGUACGGAACGGAACGGCGGGGCCUACUUCGAUCGUGCAAAGUUUUGUGAAAGUGGGCUAAAAGUGCUGAAAGUGAGCUCCUCUGAUGCGGAGAAAUCGUUUGAUUAGCAGGAAAAACGACAGAAAGUCAGAAAAGAAACAGGAUUGCUGCCCCCUUUUCAACCGAGUUUGCUGCUUCUGCUGACAGGCUGCUGCUCGGUGUUCGGCUCUCGGCGCUCCGCCAGCGCUCCUCGCGUUUACGUAGAAAUAUUGAUUUUUCCAGUAAGGUGGAGAAUUCAAAGCACUGAAUUUCGUCUGUUUCGGUCGGUUUUAAAGUGCAAAACUAAGGCUAAGCGAUGGUUUAUUUCCCGUACGACAAUGGAAAUCGGGGGAUUCGGUGGUGACUAGUCGUUAUGCGGCUGAAAGUGCUAUUGUGAUAAAAGUUUGUCGAUUUCUAAUUCGAUUUCGCCAUUCAGGGGGAGGCCCUACUUGUGUGUGACGAACGUGUGCGUGGUAUUUCGAAACCAAUAAAGUGGUGGCAUUCGUAACAACUGGUUUUAGCCGAAGAUUUCUUGGAUAGCAAACUUAAACCUCUACCCCAGAGGACUACUCCUUCUGCUUAGGCAAACACAAGAAGCAAGAAGCGCUAGAUUUCGUCCAAAAUGAGCAGAGAAGUUCAAAAGGAAAACAGCAUCCCAUCGACGGAGGCCCACCAGUAUGUGGGGCCUUACCGUCUGGAGCGAACGCUGGGGAAAGGUCAAACCGGCCUCGUGAAACUGGGAGUGCAUUGUGUCACCGCGAAAAAAGUGGCAAUUAAAAUUAUCAACCGGGAAAAGCUCAGUGAAUCAGUGUUGAUGAAAGUGGAAAGAGAAAUAGCUAUAAUGAAACUAAUUGACCACCCACACGUCCUUGGUCUGACGGACGUUUAUGAAAAUCGGAAAUAUUUAUAUCUGGUGCUGGAGCACGUUUCCGGCGGGGAGCUGUUCGACUAUCUGGUGAAAAAGGGCCGCCUUACGCCGAAGGAGGCACGCAAGUUCUUCCGGCAGAUCAUCUCGGCGCUCGAUUUUUGCCACUCGCACUCGAUAUGCCACCGCGAUCUGAAGCCGGAAAAUCUACUGCUGGACGACAAGAACAAUAUUAAAAUUGCGGACUUUGGAAUGGCAUCACUGCAGCCGGCCGGCUCGAUGCUGGAAACGUCCUGUGGGUCCCCGCACUAUGCCUGCCCGGAAGUGAUUCGGGGUGAAAAAUAUGAUGGUCGACGAGCGGAUGUGUGGUCCUGUGGAGUCAUUCUGUACGCGUUGCUGGUCGGUGCGUUACCCUUUGACGAUGAUAACCUGCGGCAACUGCUGGAGAAGGUGAAACGGGGAGUGUUUCACAUUCCGCACUUUGUACCGCCCGACUGCCAGAGUCUGCUGAAGGGCAUGAUCGAGGUGAACCCGGAGAAGCGAUUGACGUUGUCGGAGAUCAACAAACACCCUUGGGUAACCGCUGGCGGCAAGGGAGAACUGGAGCUCGAGCUGCCAAUGAUGGAAGUCGUCCAAACACACGUCAUCCCUAAUGCCUCCGCCGUCGAUACAGACGUUCUAAAUGCAAUCUGCUCGCUAGGUUGUUUCAAGGAAAAGGACAAACUAAUACAGGAGCUGCUAAGCCCAAACCACAACACGGAGAAAGUUAUCUACUUUCUACUGCUAGAUCGGAAACGACGACGUCCGGCGGUUGAGGACGACGACGACGUGCUCAGACCACGGAACGACAUCAUCGAAAUAGCCGAUCCACCCCGGAAACGGCUCGACACCUGUAGGAUCAACGGUAGUAGUGGUCUUUCCUACGGUCAGAUUAGUGAAGGUUCACCGAUGACUUCCCGGAGACAGACGUUCAACAAUGGCCGCAGUCACACCGGUAGUAGUCGACGUUCGCCCUCGUCCGUUCCACUGUCACGCAGCUCAUAUCAAAGUCCGACCCGGGGAGUGGUCAUAAACUCUAGUCAACCACUUUCUCAACUUCACCCUCCAUCCUCGCCGAACUCCGUAGUGAAUAGACAUGCCAACUAUGCCAGCCGAGACCGCAAGUCCCAGCUUAUUGAUCCUUCGUCGCCGGUGCACCAUCGAGCGAAUUCCGGUCCGGCCAUCACGGUGGGACUCUUCUCGGAGACGGAUUCCAAUAAUAUGACAUCAUCGAUCAACGCCAUUCCCGGCUCGCCAAUCCUCGGCAGCCCUCAACUAGCAGGAGUAACGACCGGAAGUCAACUGUGGAAAACGAGGCUAACAAACAUCAAAAACAGUUUCCUGGGAAGUCCAAAAUUCCACCGGAGGAAAUUGCAAAUAUCUACCGAAGAAGUGCACCUUACCCCGGAAUCAUCCCCGGAGCUGACGAAAAAGUCGUGGUUCGGAAAUCUGAUGACAACGGAGAAGGACGAAACGUUUACCGUGUUGGUUAAGGGAAAACCCCUGGCAACGGUGAAAGCCCAUCUUAUCCACGCUUUCCUAUCGAUGACCGAGCUGUCACACAGCGUGCUAUCGCCGAUGUCAUUCCGUGUAGAGUACAAACGCGGCGGCACGGGACCGACCAUGUUCCAGCGGCACGUUCGGAUACAGGUGGACAUCAAUACGAUCUGCAAGCAGGGCGAUGUGAACGAUAUGCUGUUUGCGAUUACCUUCACCCUGAUCUCCGGAAAUAUUCGACGCUUCCGGCGUAUCUGCGAACACAUCCAAGCCCAGGUCUGCUCGAAACGUUACCCCGCGCUAACCAGUCCGACGAAUCAGCUCAACAAUAAGGUUUCCACGGGUUCCGUCGCCGAGAGCAUAUCGUGCGGGUCGGAUUCGAGUGAUCGAGUGAACUACAAUAAACACCAAGAGUCGGAUCUUGAAACGGAAACGUUCUACGACAACAGUAGCAUCGGGAAAGCGAGACGAUCUUCGGCUACGUCCUCUAAUAAGAACUCAGUUUCCUCGGACGAGAUCGAAAUUAAAACUGUACGAUCGAGCUCCGAAUCGACGGAACGUGACCGGGAGCGCAGCGCCGAACGGACGGCGGCGAUGUCCGGUAGCGCACUAGUAUGAGAGUUAUUUCUCUGAUAGGAUUUACCGAACACCAUUCCCGUCGACGGUGACGAUUCGGUCGAGUCCCAGUCCAGAAGUGCGCUUCACCAGCCACAACCAAACCCCUCGUCACCGUCGAUGGUGGAGGCAAAUGCAGAACCUGCUGGCAACCAUGGUACACUAUCCGUAUCUGCUACUGGUAAUGAUCCUACUGCUCCUACCAGCGAUUCCACGCGCUUUGGCAACCCUGAAGCUGAGGGUGUGGAAGCCGUCGCGGCGCGUCAAAGUCCGGCAAACUAAUCGAAUAAAACGAGCAAACUAGUCAAACGUGAGGGGAGUUAUCAUCAACCUAACCUGGUUGAAGUUUUGUGUUUUCAGUAAACAAACAAAAAAGCUAUAAAUACUGCUAGGCUUAUGACAGGUAUACAAUUACAUGCAUUAUGAACAACAACACUGAAAAUGUAAAACUGAACACGUAUUAUCAUUUCAAUUAAUUGUGUUUGAAAAAAUUCUAACGUGGAGCGAUUCCAUUAUCUAAGCAACCCUACUCAAACGGCAUUACGUUCUCCGGAAUUCUAAUGUUUUUAGCAACCUCAUUAUAACAAUACAGAUUCCGAAAAUUUCCUCUUGAAAAUUGAAAGCAAGCAGCAGGUUUUUGGUCAUUGUGCUAACAAAAAACAAACUUGUUUUGAAUAAAUUAUAACUACUCAAAUAGCAAACGAUAACAUUUUCUACUGCUUUAAACUUAUACAAAGUCAACGACAUGCUGUUGAAACGGCAUAGUAUUAGGAGGUUAUAAGUACAGAGAGAAAGAGGUUAACAAAACCACCAACCACAGAAAGGCGAUAGGAAAGCAAACAAAGACAAAAAACUAGCCAACAUUACAUUGCAGAAUCAAACAGAAGUAUAAUCAUAGAAUGAAAAUUCAGUUACUAAAACCGACUGCAGCUGGUAACCGUAGUAGGCUUUCGAAAAUAAACCAAGCUUUUAUGGUACGCACAUACAACAAGAGUGAAAACAAACCCCAGCAGGAAUCGAAACGACACACAUACAUCAUAACAACUAUGACACUGCGUAAGUAAAAACGCCGAACUAGAAGUGAUGUGGAGAAAAAUCGCAAGGCUUGCUAGAUUUCUAUGUUUCCCUUGGUGACAACUCACCACACUAGUAACUUUCAACUUAGUAACGAUACUGUAACGAAUCAAUCUUUUAACAUUUAACAAAGCAUUAUUUUUGUGGGAACAAACAAACACUAAUAAUCGCCACUGUUAAUCAUAAAGCAUUCAUUACCGAUGGGAAAAAACCCAUUGAACGUAUUAGUAAGAGAGUGAAAUUGCUUUACGUUUUCCAGUUUAUAAAUUCCAACGCAAACUGUUUGAGAUUGUACCAUUUCCCGGCUUACAUGUAAUAGAAGCAUAUAAACUCAUAUGUAAAAGGAAGAACGCGAAUGGGAGAAAAUCAAAGAACUAAACGCUUAUUAGUUUUUACGCAAUAAACUACACAACAGCAACACAAGAAACCAUAAUUGACAGCAUCGGCUUACCUUUAGAUAAACAAAACAAACUAAACCAAAGUGUGGAAGAGACACGGCACCCUCGGCGGGUUGGCUAGAAAUAGGGAGGCUCGCGAAUAAAAAAAAACUACACAGCAAAUAUUAAUCAAAUAUCGCUUAGUUAGUAUAACUUACUAUCACAUUCGAUGCAGAAUCCGCCACAAGCAUUUAGAAUUUACUAAAACUACAUUCACGGAACAGCAGCGAAACAUACUCUAAAACACGUAUAAAAAAAGGUAACAAAAAAACAAACUAGUUUACCCAUACUAAACUGUGAAACUUUUGCCAGUAAUUGUGAAGUAAUUUUCAUAAACUGCUGUAUUAACUAUUUAUUAAGAAUCUAAACAAAGCAAAAAAAAACCGUGGAAACUCACUCCUAGCGGAGCCACAAGUGGGCGAAGCUCUAACCCAGACAUCACAGCAAGCGAUGAUGGACGGUGUGAAAUUAAUGUGAAACUAAAACAGCAGCAACAACAACAGCAAGCGGUAAACGCCAUCUUGUUGAACGCGUAGGUGAGAAAAAUUGUGAAGCACUGUAUAAAUAAAAAAACGAGCUAACUGUGAGUGUAAUGAACAUAACUAGUGGAUGAUGCGCAAUUUGGAACAGGGCGAAUAUGCAAAGCAAAUUUAGCAAGUAGGAAACGAAAAUCGGAUGAGUGGACGUUUGUGGCAGUUUGUAAACUUGAUUGAGAGGAGGAGAGCAGAAAGAAGCAGCGGAGAUAAAAAAAAGCAACAACAAGCAGAGAGCCGAAACUGUAAAAAAUAAUAAGUACCAUGUUUUGUAAAGAUAAGUAUUAUUGUUCUCUAAUGACAGGAAAAGACAGAAAAAAUAUACAUUUGACAUACACGCGCUAUGGGGAAACAAAGUAAA